AUCUGAAGCAUUCACAUCUGGAUUCGGGAUAGCGGCUUCUGAACAACGCCCGACUGAACUCCAGCUGGCUCAGAUGACCAGCCGUGCAAUCCGGCCGCUUCUUGCUCUGCGCCAUCGAGCGUGCACAGAAUCCAAUCCUUCGGUGCAAAGCCAUCGGGCGCUGAAGCCUCGUUGACCUGCUUCGUGUUCGGUCCCUCAGGCCGUGCGUCGUGCCGUCGAACCAAUACACAUACUGCGUCGAACCGUGCUACAUAACUUACCAUGUCUACUGUGGCCAUCGAGGUGAACAAACGACCCAGCCCGACAGCGCUAGCCGUAUCCACGCCCGAAAGCCUUGAAUCUGGUACGAGCUCGUCAACAACAGGGCGCAGCUCCCCCUCGAGCUUCGACAGCAACCACAGGACCUUCUCCAUCAGCUCUAUCGCAGGCCGGUCAUGGCGCUCGUUCAGCAACAAGGAGCGAAAUACCACCCCCGACGCAGGACACAGCUUCCGGAGCCAAGCCCGAAGGCUAUCCAGGUCAAGACCCCUAUCGUCCUCGUCCCAUAUCGAUGAUCGUAGACGCCGCAGCUCAGCCCUCUCUGACGACCACGGUCGGCUCUCGCUUUCAGCCACGGAUAACUCGAGCCUGGCAACAGCGACUUCGUCUUCUUCUUCCAUCAAUUGGGCAGCGCAGCAGGUUGAGGGGUCCGCCCCGCUAGAGCCGGACACCCUCCUGCUAAAAUCGAAGACGCCAUAUCUGGUAGUGACGACAAACUACCUUGUAAAGACGAAGAGCCGCGCCGACGCCUUUGCCCUCCUCCCAGGAUUGGCGACAGAAGGCACCCAACAUGAAACCAGAAGCCCGACUCCGGAGCCGCUCCUGGUCAUCCCCAUGGACACCAUUGUGUCCGUGUUCGCGGCAGAAAGCCCGCGGCCGUCCUUUGGCAUCGAGGUCUGGUGGAGGACCCCUCUGGCUGGCCGUGCCUUCUGCCGGUCUGACUUCUUCUUUGCCAGUCCCAACGACCGGAACGAGCAGCUGCACCUGAUAACCCGGGCCAUGCAAGCCAGCCAGCAAGACGAGAACGGCCCUGGCCGCUGUACCGAGGAUGUCGCAUCCUUACUGGACAAGAUGCUCGAGGUGGGUGAGCCAAGGUUGCACCAACACAAGCCGGAAAUAUUUCCUGUUGUGCCGCGUGGUAGCACACGGAAGGAGUACAUGCCCAGGCUUGAGGAUGCCACGAAGAAGCCUCAGGAGGGCCCUGCGUUCUACCUCAUAGUCGGCACCUACCUCUGCUAUUUGGCCGAGAUUCAAAAAGCGAAGGGCGGUGAUCCCAUCUUCCGGCACAGGACCUUUGGUCUGGUCACUCUGGAGUGUUUCGAGGGUGAGGGUGUGCUUCACGAAGAACGGUUCAAUAUUACGUUUCGGGAACCGUUCAAAGCCUCGGUCACGCUCGAGCUCGCGAGCCGCUACUACCGGCAGAUCAUUCGCGUUUUCGGCACAGCCGACCGCUUCCUCAAGCCCGCUUGGCCGCAGCUCUGGCAGAGCCUGGAGAUCUUCCGCGUCACGGGACUGAAGGAGCCGCAGUAUCUCGUGCCCAAGGAAGACUUUGGGAGCUUCCAGCGGACUCUCAAUGCGUACCUGGCGGCCUAUCGCUGCGAGGAUGUCGACUGGGAGAUUAACUGGAAGACACGGUUCGCUCCCGAGUUCCGGCUGCUGCCCGGGAAGCGGAAGCCAUACUCGGCCUUGCAGCUUCUGGCCGUCUUGCGCGCUCUGCGGUACAACGACUACUUCAACUCGUUGUCGUUUAGGGAUGUCGACCUGUCGGUGCUGUAUGGAUUCCGGGACAACACCCUUAGGAAGGUGAAUGUUGCGUACCUGAGCCGUACUUGCGUCGCCCUCGGGCUUGACGAAGUCGAGAUGCUGAGGGUUAGUCCGGUGCUGCACCAAGAAUUCCACGCCCUGGCGUUCUGCUCCGAGACGAUCCGGCAGAUCGACUUUACGAAUUGCAGCAAGACGCUGGCCUCUCGACUGGCUCAGUACAAGAGUCAGAACCCCAGCCUCCAGUUCCUUACGCCAAUCCUUAGCUUAUUGAGGUCUGGUAUUACCAAGUGCAAUCGCUUGCUUGUUGGUGGGAACGUUUUGCCUCAGUUUGACGUUGAGGAUCUCGCCGAAACGAUGAAAUCGGGAGCGAUUCAAGCACUGGACGUAUCGUACUGCGGCCUUGAUGACUCCGGUCUACGGGAUAUGAUAGUGACGCCACUCUCAGAGUACCCAGGAUUGCUUCAGUCUCUGUCUUUGUCCGGGAAUCCAGGGCGUCUUCCAGCGCACAUCUUACCCGGACUGCUCCAGUACCUUACCGAGAUUCGGAAGUUGAACCUCAGCGGCACCAUUCAGGCUGAGAGCUACAUCAAAGGCUCAUUGCUCCCAUUCGCGGCCCUCGAGGCUAUGGAGAGCCUCGAAGAGCUGGACAUCUCGGGAUACAAGAUCGACGAGGACACGUUCCAGGAUUUGGCGCGGUUCCUGCAAUACCGGAGUUGGAAGCUCGAUCAAAGCCAGCCCCUGAAGUUCAACAAACUAGUCCUUAACCACUGCGGAAUCACCGGCACCCAAGCUGCUCAGCUCUUCGACGCCAUCGGCGAGGACCACGGCAUGCACCUUUCUCUAAGCGGCAACGCGAUCGAAGACGGCAUCGAAGCUCUCGUGGCGGCCAUACGCAAACAGCACGGCCCCGCCGCUCUGUGCCUCGAGAUGAUCGAGUUCAAACACGAAGCCAACUAUCUCGCCCUCAUCCGAUCCCUCACCAGCUCCCGACACCUAACCCUCCUCAGUCUAGCCGGAACCGCCCCGUCCCCUUCCUCAUCCCAUGGCCCGUGCAGCAAGGAUCUCGUCACGACGCUCCACGACUUCUUCGCCCGCAACACAUCCAUCAAGUGUCUCGACCUGUCCGGCUUCUCCGGCAAGCUCGACGACGGCCAACUCCCCCGGGGCUUCGGCCGCUCGCUCGCGGGGCUGGCAUUUAACUCUGUACUAACCCACCUCCGCAUCCGCAACCAGAACCUGCACGACGACGCGGGAACCCUCGGCCGCGUCCUCUCGUCGAGUCUGACGCCCACCACCGCCACCGUGCUGGCGAGCCUCGACUGCCGCGACAAUAACUUCAACCUGACCUCGCUCCGUUUUCUCGUCGACUCGAUCCAGUCCAAUGACAACCUCAUCGACUUCCCCCUCCCGCGCGAGGAGCGCGACGCCAUAUGGCGGAAUGUGCUGCGCGGCCUGCAGCGCACCCCGUCUAGUGUGGCGCUGCCUGCGCUGGGGACGGUCAGCGCGGCGAAUCCGUCGCCCGUGCCGGUGAGGGAUCUGUUGCGGGAGGAGGAGGUCUUGCUGAGGGAGGUGCUGGAUGGGUUGGUGGCAAGGCUGGAGGGAAGGUUGAGAGAGAAUAGGGAGAGGUUGGGUUUUGGGUUGGGAAGAGGAGGUGGUGGGGGAGAGAAGGCAGCCAGGGAGAGGCAUCGGCAUCGGCAUCAGAGGAGUGCGAGCAGUAACACGGCGUUGGGGCUGUUUCCUGGCGAGGAGGGGUGGGGUUGGCCUGCUGCUGCGGGUUCGGAUGUGGCGGGCAGUAUUGAUGGUGGUGAUGUGCCUGGCUGGAGCCGAUCUCCGAGCACUGGAUCUGAGUCAGGCGGCGGCAUGGCGAGUCCCGCCGAGACGCUGGAUCCCGUGUCUGAGGUCGAGACACCUGCAGAAGCGGAAGACGAGGGGCAAGAUCAGGUGCGGCUGGGGGCUGUUAUGUACGAUGGGGAGACUGAUGCGGGGAAGUUGUCGGGCGACGAAGCAGUUGACGAAGGGGAUGAGAUAUUCCGGAAGAUGGUGGACGACUUCCGAAAGGCAGGGUUCGAGGUCUAGAACGAUUUUCAUAAGGCGCGGCUUUGGUUUGGUCAUUACGAUCCGGCGAAAGGCGGGGUUGUUCGGUGUACAUAUACAUGUAUCUGUACAGUAAGCAUGGGCAUGGCGGGUUGGAUGGGGAU